AUGGGAAUCACACAGAUCUCUACUAAGAGUCUCAGUCACCUACAGGCCUUCAUGCCAAUUCGUAGCGUGAGUUUCGGCACUAAUCAGCCUCCUGAUGCAAUUCGACAGCUCAUCCACCGGUGGCUCACUGAUGAAGAGGCCGAAAACAUCUUGUUGAGGUUCCAGAAAACCUGUAUACCCAACCGCCAGGUACUAUGGAGCGGCAUGUUGCGUGAACAUGCUCAGCGAUGGGCCGAUGCGCAUGGAUUUCAAACAUUGACAACCGCGCUCGGUCCACUUUUGUAUCGUGGUGACCUGAAAUGUCCUCUAAGACAAAAGUCUCUGGGAUAUAUUCAUGGCGCUUCUGUCAUUUUUGCAUGGUUCGCCUCCCAUGGUGAUCUGGUGACAGUACUCUCACAUCCCCCACGCCUCCUUUUUCACCCUUCUGGACAAACAUUUUACCAACUGUAUGAAGAGCCUAUUAUUAAGGGCAGGAUGGGGAACCGGCCCGUGGGAAGGCUUGACACGGCUCACCCAGCCAUCAAGACAGCUAGCGAUUUCACAUAUGAGAUUUGGCCGUAUGAUAACUCGUCGCUCUGGAUAAAGACGUUUGGAAUUCCGGAUAUUGAAUUCGAGUGGCGCAAAACCAAAAUAGCUAAACCCAAAAUACCGGUAAAUAUUCAUGGACAGCCAGUAGCAACCUCGAGGUCAAUACCAUCGCUGGCUUUGAACAGCACAGAGGCUAUAGAGCCUCCUAAUAAGCCAGUGGCUUAUGCAAAGGACGUGGUAGUAAAAGUAGGACAAAAGGAAAAGAAGGAAGCGUCGAGUGCGACAGACAAUGAAGGGGGAGAAACAAUUACUAAGAAAUUACUGAAGUGCGACACUUGGAUGGGCAAACAGCCGUUGGUCAAUACGGUAGUGACAAGUAAUGAGAAAAGCGUUCGGAGGAGUAAGAGAAGGAGAAAGAAGAAACGCGAGGUGGUAGCUACCCAAGCUCAACUUAACACAAAGCAAGGGCAAAAGAAAACGGAAAACGGUGACAACGACGAGAACUAA